AUGGGUGACGGUGAGAUGGCUGUGUUUGGGCAAGCCGCCCAGUUCCUCCGAAAAUCAGAAAAGGAGAGAAUUGAGGCUCAGAACCGGCCCUUUGAUGCCAAAACAAAUGUCUUUGUGAUUGACCCCAAGACAAUGUACGUGAAAGGUUUGGUCACUGGCAGAGAAGGGGGAAAGGUCACUGUAAAGAAAGAAGACAUGUCCUCCGCAACGGUGAAGGAAGAUGAAAUUUUCCCCAUGAACCCUCCAAAGUACGAUAAGAUUGAAGACAUGGCCAUGAUGACCCACUUGAACGAACCAUCUGUCCUGUAUAACCUCAAAGAGCGUUAUGCAGCCUGGAUGAUCUACACCUACUCCGGCCUUUUCUGUGCCACAGUUAACCCCUACAAGUGGUUGCCUGUGUACAACCCAGAGGUUGUUGCUGCCUACAGAGGAAAGAAGCGUCAGGAAGCUCCACCACACAUCUUCUCCAUCUCUGAUAAUGCCUAUCAGUAUAUGUUGACUGAUCGUGAAAACCAGUCUGUUCUGAUUACUGGAGAAUCUGGUGCCGGAAAGACUGUCAACACGAAACGUGUCAUCCAGUAUUUUGCAACAAUUGCUGUUGUUGGUGACAAAAAGAAGGAGGAGCCGCAACAAGCUGGAAAAAUUCAGGGGACUCUGGAGGAUCAAAUCAUCCAGGCUAACCCACUGCUGGAGGCCUUUGGCAAUGCUAAGACUGUGAGGAAUGACAACUCUUCCCGUUUUGGUAAAUUCAUCAGAAUCCACUUUGGGACCACAGGAAAACUGGCCUCCGCUGAUAUUGAGACAUAUCUACUGGAAAAAUCCAGAGUUACAUUCCAGUUGUCUGCUGAGAGGAGCUACCACAUUUUCUACCAGAUCAUGUCCAACAAAAGGCCAGAACUGAUUGAAAUGCUUCUGAUUACCACCAAUCCCUAUGACUUCCCCUAUAUCAGCCAAGGUGAGAUCACCGUGGCCAGCAUUGAUGAUCAAGAAGAAUUAAUGGCCACCGAUAGUGCCAUUGACAUCUUGGGCUUCAACCCAGACGAGAAGAUCGGUAUUUACAAAUUGACUGGUUCUGUGAUGCACGCUGGUAACAUGAAGUUCAAGCAGAAGCAAAGAGAGGAGCAGGCUGAGCCCGAUGGCACAGAAGUGGCUGACAAGGCUUCCUAUCUAAUGGGCCUCAACUCAGCUGAUCUCCUGAAAGCUCUGUGCUACCCCAGGGUCAAAGUCGGAAAUGAAUUUGUCACCAAAGGUCAAACUGUCCAGCAGGUAUACAACUCUGUUGGUGCCCUGGCCAAGUCCGUCUUUGAGAAGAUGUUCUUGUGGAUGGUCAUUCGUAUUAACCAGCAGCUGGACACCAAGCAGUCAAGGCAGCACUUCAUUGGUGUCUUGGAUAUUGCCGGCUUUGAGAUCUUUGAUUUCAACAGCUUGGAGCAGCUUUGUAUCAACUUCACCAAUGAGAAACUGCAACAGUUCUUUAACCACCACAUGUUUGUGCUGGAACAAGAAGAGUACAAGAAGGAAGGCAUUGACUGGGAGUUCAUUGACUUUGGCAUGGACUUGGCUGCCUGCAUUGAGCUUAUUGAAAAGCCUAUGGGUAUCUUCUCCAUCCUUGAAGAGGAGUGCAUGUUCCCCAAGGCCACAGACACUUCCUUCACCAACAAGCUGUAUGACCAACAUUUGGGCAAGUCCAACAACUUCCAAAAACCCAAACCUGGCAAAGGCAAAGCUGAUGCUCACUUCUCCCUGGUCCACUAUGCUGGAACUGUGGAUUACAACAUCAGUGGCUGGCUGGACAAGAAUAAGGACCCACUGAAUGAGACUGUCAUUGGCCUCUACCAGAAGUCUUCAAUGAAACUCUUAUCCUUCCUGUAUUCUGCCUAUUCUGGUGCUGAAGCAGAUACCGGAGGCAAGAAGGGUGGCAAGAAGAAGGGUUCCUCUUUCCAGACUGUGUCUGCUCUUUUCAGGGAAAAUCUGAACAAAUUGAUGUCAAACUUGAGGAGCACUCACCCUCACUUUGUGCGUUGCUUGAUCCCCAAUGAAACCAAGACCCCAGGUAUUAUGGAUCAUUAUUUGGUCAUGCACCAGCUCAGGUGUAAUGGUGUGCUGGAGGGCAUCAGAAUCUGCAGGAAAGGUUUCCCCAGCAGAAUCCUCUACGGUGACUUCAAGCAACGUUACAAGGUCCUGAAUGCAAGUGCCAUCCCAGAAGGCCAGUUUAUUGACAGCAAAAAGGCUUCUGAGAAGCUUCUUGGAUCUAUUGAUGUUGACCACACACAGUACAAAUUUGGACACACUAAGGUGUUCUUUAAAGCUGGUCUGCUGGGUGUCCUUGAGGAGAUGCGAGAUGAAAAGUUGGCACAAUUGAUCACUCGUACUCAGGCCAUUUGCAGGGGAUAUCUCAUGAGGGUCGAGUUCAAGAGAAUGAUGGAAAGGAGAGAGUCCAUCUUCUGCAUCCAGUACAAUGUCCGCUCCUUCAUGAAUGUCAAGCAUUGGCCGUGGAUGAAACUCUACUUCAAGAUCAAGCCUCUGCUGAAAAGCGCUGAAUCUGAGAAGGAAAUGGCCAACAUGAAGGAGGAGUUUGAGAAGACAAAGGAGGCUCUGGCCAAAUCAGAGGCAAAGAAGAAAGAGCUUGAAGAGAAAAUGGUAGCCAUCCUGCAAGAGAAGAAUGACCUGCAGCUCCAAGUUGCAUCUGAAUCUGAGGGCCUAGCAGAUGCAGAGGAAAGAUGUGAGGGUCUCAUCAAAGCCAAAAUUCAACUGGAGGCCAAAAUCAAAGAAGUCAAUGAGAGGCUGGAAGAUGAAGAAGAAUCAAACGCAGAGCUGACAGCCAAAAAGAGGAAACUUGAAGAUGAAUGUUCUGAACUGAAAAAGGACAUUGAUGAUCUUGAGUUGACUUUGGCCAAAGUAGAGAAAGAGAAGCAUGCUACAGAAAACAAGGUCAAGAACCUCACUGAAGAAAUGGCUGUUCUUGAUGAGAACAUUGCCAAACUUGCUAAAGAAAAGAAAGCACUUCAAGAAGCCCAUCAACAAACUCUGGAUGAUCUGCAAGCAGAAGAGGACAAGGUCAACACUCUGACCAAGGCCAAGACCAAGCUGGAGCAGCAAGUAGACGAUUUGGAGGGAUCUCUUGAACAAGAGAAGAAGCUCCGCAUGGACAUGGAGAGAGCAAAGAGGAAGCUAGAGGGUGAUCUGAAGUUGGCUCAGGAAUCAACAAUGGACCUGGAAAAUGACAAGCAACAGCUGGAUGAAAAAGUUAAGAAGAAGGAAUUUGAAACCAGCCAGCUCCAGAGUAAAAUUGAAGAUGAGCAGGCCUUGGCUGCACAAUUGCAGAAAAAAAUCAAAGAGCUUCAGGUAGGUUUUUCCAACAAACAUGACAACAACUUCAUGUUUUUCUUAUCAACUGUUUUAAAA